AUGGCACCUGGUCGUCUUGCUUCGCCAUCUCUAGAUGCCCCUACAAGGCUUCCCACUGAGAAAUCUUCUCCAUCGACAACCUCAAAGCCUGCCGCUAAUGAUACCUAUGGCUCGUACUAUCCGGUAGACCCCGAUAAACUAAGCCUGGAAUCCAAUUUCGGUCCCAUGGAAGCUGGGAGCGUCGGGUUUCUCCAACCAACCUCUGCCGAAACACCUCUCGAUAUCAUGCACGAACGGUUUGAACGUGACGGGUAUCUAUUUGUCAAAGGAUGUAUUCCCAAAGAAGCCUCCCUCAAAUGUCGCGAAGCAUAUUUCAACCACAUGGCUCCUAGUGGUUUGUUGAAAGACGGCACCGCUCCCGUGGAAGGCAUCUUCUCCCACAAGGAUAGUCGAAAAUAUCUACCCCCAGGAAACCUACGUCGCCUAUUCGGCCUGAAAGAUGACGUUGAGAGUGAGAAGUAUCUGGAACUCAUGAUAUCCGCCCACGAAGCACCGUUCUAUCUGGAUCUAUGCGCCAACCAAGAACUACGCGACUUCAUCACACGCUUCAAGGGUUGGGAAAACCCACAAAUGCUCCAGCGAACCAUGCUUCGCGCCUUUGUUCCUAAUAGUGAACUGACGCCUGUCCACUUUGACCAAAUGUACCUUCGAGCCGGUCCGCCCACAAGCUUGACGGCAUGGGUACCCAUCGGCAAUGUUUCGCUAGAAGGAGGCGGCUUGAUGUAUCUCGAGGGUUCAACCGAUAUUGGCCAGAGGACAGAGGCUGAAUUUGCAAGCAAUGCUCAUAAUCUUUCUGAUGAGGAGCGGGUGAGUGCUUUUAAUAAAAACAUGAAUGAUGGGGGAUUUCUCAGUCGUGAUACUGUUGCGUACGGGAAAGAGGUCCGUCGCAAGUGGCUCAUUGCUGAAUAUGAGGCUGGUGAUGUUAUUUUUCAUAAUCCCUGGAUGGUGCAUGCGAGUUGCAAGAAUAACGAUCCGAAUAGUCAGAUCAGACUUGCGACUGAUCUGAGGUUUGUGGAUCCAGAGAAACCGUAUGACCAAGUAAGUCUUCAAGUCUCAAGUUUUUGA